AUGUUCAUGUUGAACACCCCAGGACAAAAGUUGCUUUCCAAUAGAGGUGCUCAAUCAGUCGUGGUGACGUCGCCAUGCAAUAUGUUCCGAAUUCAUACGGUGAAGUCCACCCCCAUGGGCAUUGAGUUGACCAAACACUUCAACAUCAGUAUUCCGGGGAUCAUCUUGCAUUCAUGUUUGUCUGAAGUGACUACUGAGUAUUCUGAUAAUUAUCAUACGCUCUUCAUUGCCAAUUUCACUUCUUCAAACAGACUCAAAUAUAACAUCUUCAUGUGGAAUCUGAAUGAGGGGAUACCUCAAUCGUUGAGACGAUAUUCAUUGCUUAUGGAUAACACUACUACUAUCCCCAUAAUGGUGGAAUCCUUGCCCAAUAACUUGGCUUAUUUGGCCAUCUGCAAAACCAGCUUGAUUAUCAUUGGCAUUGAUAAUAUAACUUCUGCCAAUUAUGAGUUCAAGUCAAUUCCAUACACUGGUGGCUUCCCCACUGCAUCGUAUAUCCCCCAAUCCAAGAUUAGAAGUAGUAAUAGUAGUAGGGGUCCUAAAUCCGAUGAAGUCAUCUUCACUACUGUGGAUGGAACGGUGUAUUCGUUUGUCAUUAAUGGACUUGAAGAUAUUACUUUAGAACCCAUUGCUCGUAUACCUGAUUCUGUGUCUGUGUUCACAUUUGAACGAGAGAACAAGGACAAUAGUAUUGUUAUGUCGUUUGGGAGCUCAACAGGGUCCAAUAGAAAGAUUCAGAUAAACAAACUCCUUCAUGAAGAUGAUAAUGAUGAUAAGACACCUUUCAAUACGAUUAUUGAUUAUAAAAAUUGGUCACCUUUGUCUCAUGUGCAGCUUCUAGCAAACUCCGAAGACCCAGAAGCAGACAAUCUCACUACUUUAAAGCAUGAAAUAUGGGCUAUAUCGGGUCGAGGGAAGCGAAGUCGACUUUUACAAGUUCGGAACGGGUUCUCAGCCUCAAGAUUAAGUAAUUGCUACCUGAAGCUUAAGAAAUGUUUGCGUAUUUCGGUGGUUGAAUGGGAAGAUAAAAUACUAUUAGCUUGUUCCUUACCAUUUGAAACAAUCUUCCUUGAAUAUAUGGCUGACCAAGAAGAGUGCUUUGCUGAGCUUAUUGAUGAGACUUUACCUGUGGCCAAUGAGACAUUGGGAUUUGGCGUAGCUAACGAUAAAAGGCAUGCCAUGAUUUUCAAGCCAACCAGUGUUGUUCUAACAAAUUUCCAAGAUAUCUUUGAGACUAUUCUCUUGGAAGACAACUGGACGUUUCUUUUCGUUCAAUUCCUGGCCAAUUCUGAUUCUGUUUACAAUAUUCGACAGAAAACACAGUCUGAAGAAACAGUCUUUACCUUAGUCAAAAUGAAGGGUAUUAUUGUUGAUAAUGCUUUGGCAACGGAAGUUAGUGUCAACUUAACUUUCCAGCCUUCGUGCUUAUACACCACGACCCUCCAGGGGAAGCAGUAUGUGCUAGUGGGAGAUUAUGAAGGAAAGAUCUGGAUAUUUGACGGCAACCUUAGCCCAACUGUGACAUCAACACCGAUAUCAUUGCAAGACAUCAAUAGAGUAGCAACAAAUGAAUCUAUAUUAGAUUUCAAACCUGGUGAACAUGUGCCACAUGAUAUCAUGAUCAUACCAUUUGAGAAUGACCACUUCAAGUUGAUUAUUACUACGAAAGCAGGCUAUUUUGUGAGUAUCUCUUUGAAUUUAGAGCUUGGUGGAUCAACACUUGAUGAGGUCAUGAGAGUUGAUGGUGUACCCGUGAACUUGCUCCCAGUGCCCAAGAACCCCAAAGCGGUGUUGCUUGUAUCGCUGAAAACUUGGAUAGUCAACAAUAACGAACAAAACGGCCGUGUCCACCCCGUUUACUUUGAUGAACGGAAGGAAAGAACCAUUAAACUCGCCUGUGCUGUUCCUGGGAACCUUAAUACGUAUUUCUAUGUUAGAGACGAUGGGUUGUGUGUGGCUGAGGUGGUGCCAUUGUCCAAACCCAAUGUGAGACAAGCUACCGUUGGAGAAGAAGUCAAGUCGUUGGUUUAUCAUGAGAACUCCGGCUUGUUCACCGUGAUAUGCCAUCUGAACCCGAAGAAAUUAUCGAGUGUGUUGAAGUUCAUCGACAAACGGUAUUUGAAGCUAUUACCUUCGGAAGAAGUUCCUUACAAGGGGACGACCAAUAUCUUCACUCCCGAUAUCACCGUCAUCUGUACGUGUGUUUGGAACAUUAUGAAGGAGAACAAAGAAGUAGUAUCUAAACGGUUGAUCCUAGUAGGGUGCUCCGACUCCAAGGGGAAGGGGAUGGUUAAAGUGCUUGAUAUCGCAAAGAUCUAUAAAGAAGAUACAAAUACAGUUGUUAAGGUUACCGAGUUGUUUUGCUAUACCCUUCUGGAGGUACCAUCUCAUAUCAUUCAAGUGCGGGGACAGAUCUUCUAUUCUGGUAAGAAACAAUUGUAUUCCAUUGACUAUGAUCCAGAAAGAAAGUCUUUUGUUCAUAAUGAUGAGGUUGUCAAGUUACCCAGUGACAUCAGUUCACUUUAUACCGAUGAAGGCUCAGGCUUAGCAGUUUUAUAUGUUACCACAACAGAGGACUCUGUUUUUGAAUAUGAAGUGGUUGAUCAUAAGCUAAAGCAGUCGUCUCACGAUACUUUCAAGAGAAGCGUGACCAACGUUGCGGUGAUGGACCGUUCCAACAUCUUCAUGGGAGAAUUCGAUUCUUCAUUGGUGGUGAACAUUGUCAAGGAGAAAUCGUUUCUUCGUACAACAUGGUCGUAUACGUUCCCGUUUAUUCCCAAGGUUUACACCACUAAAGUCUCCUUUGGAAGAUCAAAAGACAGGAAUAGAGGAAUCCUUUGUGUUGGUGUUGACGGUACUAUCGUUGUGUUACACUCUGUUUCAACCAAGAGUAACACCAUCAAGGCAUUGAACAACCAGAUAGGUGAAUCGGACUUAAAGUCAAAGUUAACUGAGAGAAUCGCAGAUACUUUCAAUUACCCCAUUCUCCCAUCAAGAAACAUGGGCAGAGGCUUAUUGGUGUUGAAUAAACCAUGCUUUGACUUUGAGGGAAACAGUUCAAAGCUAAUAGACUGUGACAUCGAGCAAAUCAACCAAUUAUGUUCCAGUAUUGAUUUCUAA